AUUAAAAUAAAAAAUAAUUAAAUAUUUUUAUUUAAAAUAAUUUAAAAAAAAGAGUUUGAAGGGAAAAUUUUGGGUAUGUUUAGAGCCUCGUGUGUUUAAAACGGGAAGUCGAUUUUCCGUCACGAAAGUAUUGACUUUUUUUUUCCGUCUUUUUGAGCUCGCUGAAGUAUUGACUAGGUUGUCUUGUAACUGUAACGGGAGAAAGAAAGAAAUGGCGAGAAGGCGAGAGCGGCGAGUGGAGCCGAGUCCGGAUCGGCGCAAAGAGCGAGACGGAACGGCAACUCGAGAAGAAAAGCUCGGCGACUCAGAUGCUUCGGAUCGUAAGCUCAUCAGUAUAUUCGUACUCUUCUUCAUCGUAAUUCCGGCAGUAUCUGUACUCGUAUACAUCAUCAAAAACGGUUCAGGUACGAAACGUUUGGAACCGGUCGUAACUGAACGAGGACUCAUCAAAACCGACAUUAAUUUCCAAGAGAUCCUCACUGAGAAUUCGAAGGUAGCAGAAAAUGCGUCGCAACGGCAUUAUGAUUACCCUGUAUUGGCUUACAUUACCCCAUGGAAUUCGAGGGGCUAUGAAAUGGCAAAGAGGUUUAAUUCUAAGUUUACCCACUUAUCACCUGUUUGGUAUGAUUUGAAAAGCCAAGGAAGCAGCUUGGUUCUGGAGGGGAGACAUAAUGCUGAUAAAGGAUGGAUGUCAGAGCUUAGAAUGAGAGGAGAUGCUUUGGUAUUACCUAGAGUAGUUCUAGAAGCAGUUCCUACAGAGAUGCUUAAAAAGAAGAAACAGAUGGAUAAAGCUAUUGAUCUGAUAGUAACAGAGUGCAAAGAAAUGGAAUAUGAUGGUAUCGUGCUGGAGUCUUGGUCAAGAUGGGCUGCAUACGGUAUCUUGCAUGAUCCAGACUUGAGGAAUAUGGCGCUCAAGUUUGUAAAACAACUUGGACAUGCACUGCAUUCUGUGAGAUCAACCAAGAACCCUGAGCAACAAUUGCAGUUGGUAUACGUUAUAGGCCCACCACAUUCGGAGAGACUCCAGCAACAUGAGUUUGGACCAGAAGAUGUUCUGACCUUGAGUGAUGCCGUGGAUGGUUUCUCACUUAUGACAUAUGACUUCUCAGGUCCAAAUAAUCCAGGUCCAAACGCACCUCUGCAAUGGAUACGUUUUAUCCUGCAGUUGCUCCUUGGUUCCACUGCCAACAAUGCUCAGAGACUGGCUCCAAAAGUAUUUCUUGGCAUCAAUUUUUACGGAAAUGAUUUUGCUCUAUCAGGAGGUUCUGGUAGUAAAGCUAUCAUUGGUAGAGAUUACCUCUCAUUGUUGGAGAAGCACAGGCCCCUAUUGCAAUGGGAAAAGAACAGCGGAGAGCACUUUUUCGUUUAUUCUGAUCAUAACAAUGUCAGGCAUGCAGUGUUCUACCCAUCAUUGAUGUCAAUUUACAUGCGGCUAGAGGAAGCUCGUUCGUGGGGAACUGGCAUUUCAAUAUGGGAAAUUGGGCAAGGCUUGGACUACUUUUGUCAUCUUCUGUGAUGAUUCCAAUUUUGUUCUUUCUUGGCACUGUAACAUAUAAUUUUGGGUUUUCACCUGUUCAUUUGUCUUUUCUAAUGGAAGAAAUUCUAGAUAGAUGUCAAAUUCAAAGGAGUGCUGUAAGAUCUGAGUUGAAAUAAGAUUCUGCAAUAAGUAUAUCUCUCUCCUAAUCUGCUUGUCUUUGCGAUUUCUCAUUUUGUACGUACCAGUUAUUGGUUCCUUUUAAGAUAUUUAAGCGUGCUUUCGAUCUUUGGCAUUGAA